UGCACUGACAAUUCGCAGUUUUUAAAGUUGGAAAUUACUGAGUGAUAAUGAGUAUCAUAUCGAACGAAAACGGUUUCGUCGGCCUGUUACGAUGCAUAUUUCAUUAAAAACACUCUAAUGCCCCUCAUCGGUCAUUGCUGUUUGUUUACAUAUAUCCAGGGACAUUUAUGUAACCCGAAAAGCAUGGUUUAACUUUUUUUUAAUAUGAUUUACAAUAAAUCAUGUUAUAAUAAAAAUAUAUAUAAUUAGUGUUUCUAAACGUUCAUCGUAUUUCCAUUUAAAAAAAUACUUCAUAGAUUAUUCAACAAACACCAACUAAAAUAUUAAUUUUAUUUUAAAAUAAACCUUGCGACAUUCGCUUCUAUAGAUUUUCAUCAUGAAUAAUGAAUCCAAAGAUCAAAAUAAUGAAUCCAAUGAUUUAGAUUUCAAUAUGCUAACGCAUAUGUUAAUAGGACCUAAUAAGAGAAUAAGUGAUCGUAUUAUUAUGCCAAUUAGUCUUGGUCAUCAGAUAAAAACCAAAGAAGAAUUAAGAGUAGAAGCUGUGUUUGAAAGUUGUACCUUUAAAACUGUUACAAGUUGUGCUGUUGGAUUUGCAUUUGGUGCCUUUAUGGGUUUAUUGUCAGCCAGCAUGGAUCCACAAGUGGGCAUAGCACCAGAAAAGCAAACUGUUAAAAUGAUUUUCAAUGACUUCAAAGUGAAAACAACCUCUUAUGGAAAAAACUUUGCCAUGAUUGGUGCUCUCUUUGCUGCCAUUGAAUGCAAUAUAGAAAGUCAUCGUGGAAAAAGUGAUUGGAAAAAUGGUACAAUGGCAGGUGGAAUUACUGGUGGUUUGAUUGGUCUAAGAGCUGGAGUAAAAGCUGGCAUCAUAGGAGCUGCUGGAUUUGCUGCAUUUUCAACUAUAAUUGAUUAUUAUAUGCGAUCAUAAAGUUUGUUAUGUAAAUAGUGACAAUGUGUAAAUAGUUUUUUUUUUUCAAAAGAUUUAAUUAAAUGUACCUACAAAACCAAA